AUGGUGUUGAGGAAGCGGUAUGAGUACUCCCCGCUGGAGGAAAUAUUUUUCCCCAAGCGAACUCCAAACGUGCAGUGCUACUCCGAUGAAGAUUUAUCCCGUGGACAAGAAAAAGGAAAGCGGAACCACCCUGCCAUCCCCCAGCAGAAGAAGACUCACCUGAGUGGACACAGACACAAAAAUGUUCGCGCCAACAUCAACCAGAUAAAAGACGAAUUAUUGGAGCCAGAGUUGUCCUUAGAAUUGUGUCAACGGAAAAAAAAUUACUACCUGAACACAAGGCACGCAAGCCAUGUGCAGAGCUACUUGUUUUUUUAUGAAUACCGCAAGUGUUUCCUUAACAUGGACGGGAAGAUGUUCAUCGACCGCCACCCCGUGCAGAUAUGGAACGACGGCACGAAUCGAGACGACAGGCUGAAGCAGGUCAUCCCCGUGCAGAACUACAACUCGUUCAUCCACGCCUACAACGUAUAG